GUCAUUUCCUUAUGUGGAGCGCAGUGUUUUGUCACUGAUUACUGUACAAAAACACAACUUUUGUAAACUUUAUUCACUGAUUCUUCUCAAACUGGAUCAGUUUUUAUGUAGAAAAUGUUUCCUGAUGUCUCCUCCGACGUUCCCCGGCCGCUCGGCGGGAACUCUCGGUGAUUUACGGAGUUUGAUGGACAGAGAGCUUCACUUGUUGCUAAAGUAACUGCUCACUGAUGCUAACUAUAGCCGAAGAUCCUCUAAGCUAACUGUAGCUGCCGUUAGCUAGUUAGCUCAGUUAGCCGAGCAUCUAGCGGUUAGCGGUGCUAUUAGCUGACUGUGCCCGGCCUGGGAGCUCGGAGAGCCGGCAGGAGGAGGAGGUUUUCCGGACCGGGGGGCGGUGGGGGGGGGGGACCCAGCGGGGAAUGGGCACCAGAACCGGAGCCGGGCUGAACACGGCCGGACCGGGACCGAACAAUGACCCGGAUGUGAUUUCCAGCGGGUCCGAGCCGGACUCUGACUCCGGGGAGGACACGGCGGGUUCGGGCGGGGACCGGAGAGGCGUGAAGCGGGAGCGGAGUGAGCGCGAGGUCGGUACCUCCCGGGGUCUGAUCCCCGGCGGGCUGCCUGGAGCCAAACCCGGGAAGAAAACCAGAGGAAGAGUAAAGAUCAAGAUGGAGUUCAUUGACAACAAACUGCGGCGCUACACGACUUUCAGCAAGAGGAAGACCGGCAUCAUGAAGAAGGCCUACGAGCUGUCCACGCUGACUGGGACCCAGGUCCUGCUGCUGGUCGCCAGCGAGACGGGCCACGUGUACACGUUUGCGACCAGGAAGCUGCAGCCAAUGAUCACGUCUGAGACGGGGAAGGCUCUGAUCCAGACCUGCCUCAACUCGCCAGACUCCCCGCCACGCUGGGACCCCUCCUCCGACCAGAGGAUGAGCGCCACGGGCUUCACGGAGACAGACCUCACCUACCAGGUGGCCGAGUCAGAGGGGGCCAAGGUAACGCCACUGGCGUGCCAGGGCUUCACUCUGAUGUCAGGAGGCGGAGUCUCCCAGCAGCUGCAGAGCAUUCAGCUUCAGCCCUCGACCAAUCAGAGCAGCUCGGACACCCGCAGCCCCUCCUCCACAGCCAGUGUCUCUUCGUCUUCUUCUUCGUCCUCGGGGUCUGGUCACAUGAUGUACUCCGGAGGUCACACGGUGAUGUACGCUGCUCCUACGUCCUCAUUGGCUGACGGCAGCCUCACGGUCCUCAACACGUUCCCCCCGACAGGCCACGCCCAGUCACAUGACCCCGCCCUCCCGCAGGUCUUCCUCACUUCGCUGCCUCCCGGCGGAGCUCAGAUCCCCGUCUCUGCAGUCCAGCUGCACCAGAUGGUGAUCAGUCAGCAGAGCAGCAACAACCUGACAGAGCUGCAGGUCAUCAGCCUGGACACACACACACACACCUAGAGAGGACUGAUACACACACACACACACACACACACACACA